CAGAUAUGGGCCGUGCAGCAUCGGCACACAGCGCUGCAGAAAGAGAGGGGGCAUUCUCAGAUUUCCCGAUUUCUCCCGGCCGAGUCUGCUGUGCCGCUUCCACUACGCGACCGACAGCGAGCCGAGGCGACGUCGACGACAUGCGCCCAGCGUGCCUCGAGCCCGCAUUCAUCCGAGCCGACCCGUGUCGUCCCGAAUCCAGCUAGGCAGCAAACAAGGAGUUGGGGGAGUGCAGUGGGACUGGGACUCUUGGCGAGAGGAGCCAUGUCUUCAUGGUUAGGAGCUUCUGUCCGGAGGGAAUGUUUCCGCUGAGAUGACCUGCGUGACCUUACUUUCCUCAAGAGAUCCAUCUCCCGUCAAAAGAGUGGAGCUAAAUCUGUCUGGGACAUGGUUGGCAGGUUCAAGUGAUGGACAGGUGAUGGAGUCUUCCAUCAUCUUCCUCCACCAGUGACUCUGCCUGCCAGUCCUACCUCUGAGGAAUACGUGUGUACCAGCGGUCCAAGGCCUCCUAUUUCUCUGCCAUGGUGACAUAAGCGGUGCUGCAGUAUGAGGGAGAGCCACUGUGAGACCGUCUCAUUUCUUUCUCCAGUAGCUGCUGAAGCUGCUACUUUAACACUGUUUGUAUUUGUCUGCAUAACAAGACUGACUUUUUGGUGAACGACCCCCGCUCGCCGUUUUCUACCCACACCGAGAAAGUCCCUCCCCCCCCCCGGGUGUGUUGCUAGGCCGGUGGGGCGGAGCGGUGUGGCGCGAGACGAUGCUGGGAUGUGUGACGCGCGUCCGUCGGCUGGUCCGUCUCCUCCCCCUGCAGACCUCCCUUCUCCUCCUCUUCCUCUUCUGCACAGUCAGCGUCUUCAUCUCGGCCUACUUCCUCUAUGGCGUCAAGCGGGAGCUGGAGCCGUCGGGAGGGAGCGUGUCCGGAUCCGAGGGUGCAUCCGCGGACUCCGAUGACCCCAGGGUCACUCCAUCCCGACUGCUACCUUUGCGUGUCUCAGGGGGCCCGGAGGUGGAGCCCGGAGGGGCCAGGACAGAUCCUGUGGUUCUGGUGUUUGUGGAAAGCCAGUAUUCCCAACUGGGCCAGGAAAUUGUGGCUAUCUUGGAGUCGGGCCGGUUCAGGUACCGGACUGAGAUCUCUCCUGGGAAAGGGGACAUGCCCACGUUGACAGACAAAGAACGGGGGCGUUUCACACUGGUGAUUUACGAGAACAUUCUCAAGUAUGUUAACUUGGAUGCCUGGAACCGAGAGCUCCUGGACAAAUACUGUGUGGAAUACGGAGUGGGCAUCAUUGGCUUCUUCAAGGCCAAUGAAAACAGUCUGCUCAGUGCACAGCUCAAAGGCUUCCCGCUCUUCCUCCACUCCAACUUGGGUCUGAAGGACUGCACUGUCAACCCCAAGUCCCCGCUGCUCUUUAUCACCCGAUCUGGACAGCCCCUGCCAGGACCUCUCCCUGGGGAUGACUGGACCGUGUUCCAGUCCAACCACUCUACAUAUGAGCCCGUGCUGCUGGCCAAGACCCAAUCAGCGGAGAGCGUUGCCGCCAUGGGGCAGAACGCCGCUCUGCUCCCGUCCGUGGUGCAGGACCUCGGGCUCCAUGACGGCAUCCAGAGGGUCCUCUUUGGCAACAACUUGGUAUUCUGGCUUCACAAGCUGGUGUUUGUGGACGCUGUUGCCUUUCUGACGGGCAAGAGACUCUCGCUGUCACUGGAGCGCUACAUGCUAGUGGACAUCGAUGACAUCUUUGUGGGCAAAGAGGGUACACGCAUGAAGGUGCCCGACGUCAAGGCCCUGCUGGAGACACAGAGGGAGCUGCGCACCCAUGUGCCCAACUUCACCUUCAAUCUGGGCUUCUCAGGGAAAUUCUAUCACGCUGGAUCUGAUGAGGAGGACCUGGGGGACGACCUGCUGCUUUCUUAUGUGAAGGAGUUCUGGUGGUUUCCUCACAUGUGGAGCCACAUGCAGCCACAUCUAUUCCACAACCAGUCCGUGCUGGCCGAACAGAUGUUGCUCAACAAGAAAUUUGCCAUGGAGCACGGCAUCCCCACUAACAUGGGUUACGCCGUGGCGCCGCACCACUCGGGCGUCUACCCUGUCCACAUGCAGCUGUAUGACGCCUGGAAGAAGGUGUGGGGCAUCAAGGUGACCAGCACAGAGGAGUACCCGCACCUGAAGCCCGCCCGCUUCCGCCGCGGUUUCAUCCACAGCGGCAUCAGCGUGCUGCCCAGGCAGACGUGUGGCCUUUUCACGCACACCAUCUUCUAUAAGGACUACCCUGGCAGCCCGAACGAGCUGGACAAGCUCAUCAACGGCGGCGAGCUCUUCCUCACCGUUCUGCUGAACCCCAUUAGCAUAUUCAUGACACAUCUGUCCAACUAUGGGAACGAUCGCCUGGGCCUGUACACCUUCAAAAGCCUGGUCACGUUCAUCAAGACAUGGACUAACCUCAAGAUGCAAACCCUGCCGCCCAUACAGCUGGCUCAGAAGUACUUCAGCCUUUUCCCCUCUGAGCGAGAUCCCCUCUGGCAGGAUCCAUGCGAGGACAAAAGGCACAAGGACAUCUGGUCGAAAGAAAAAACAUGUGACCGCUUUCCCAAAUUGCUUGUCAUCGGGCCUCAAAAGACAGGAACCACGGCGCUCUAUCUGUUUCUUGGCAUGCACCCCGACCUGACCAGUAACUACCCCAGCAAGGAGACCUUUGAAGAGAUCCAGUUCUUCAAUGGCCACAACUACCACAGAGGCAUUGACUGGUACAUGGAGUACUUCCCUCUGCCUUCCAACACCAGUUCAGACUACUACUUUGAGAAGAGUGCCAACUACUUUGACUCGGAGGUUACCGCUCAGAGGGCCGCAUCUCUUUUACCCAAAGCCAAAAUCAUCACCAUCCUCAUCAAUCCAGCAGACAGAGCUUACUCUUGGUACCAGCACCAACGAGCCCACGAUGACCCCGUGGCUUUGAAAUACUCCUUCCAUGAUGUCAUCACUGCAGGCCCCGACGCCCCGGUCAAAAUGCGGGUCCUCCAGAACCGGUGUCUGGUGCCAGGAUGGUACGCCGUCCACUUGGAGCGCUGGCUCAACUACUACCACCCCAGCCAGUUGUUAGUGUUGGAUGGACAGAUGCUGAAGACCGAGCCCGCCUCCAUCAUGGACAAGAUCCAGAAGUUUUUAGGUCUCACAAAUAUCAUUAACUACCACAAGAUCCUAGCGUUUGACCCUAAGAAAGGUUUCUGGUGUCAGCUACUGGAAGGUGGAAAGACCAAGUGUUUGGGAAAGAGUAAAGGUCGCAGGUACCCUGACAUGAACCCUGAGUCGCAGGUGUUCCUCAGGGAGUACUAUAGGGAUCACAACAUUGAGCUGUCCAAGCUGCUCUACAGAAUGGGUCAGCCGCUGCCCAGCUGGCUCAGAGAGGAGCUGGUCCACACCAGGUAGCAGCACCCCGGGGGGAAAGCACAGCUUCACACGCUGCUCGACCCCACUAGGAACUCUGGCCAAUACGUCUGAUACGUCCGAUACGCCGAAGAUCAAAAAUAGCUUGGGCUGUGAACUCGAACUCAGUCCGAUGUGAACUCAGAACAUCGAUCUUCCCAGACGACCAGGCCGAGCGUGAGCGGCGAGCAGGGAGGAGAGCCCCGUCGCUCUCGGCAGCUUCCCUCUCUCUCUGCGCUGCGAGGACAGACGCGGUACGCAGAGGCGGGGGUGGCGGCUCCCGCUGCGUCCUGGAGGAGGGAAAAGGCCCCUCAAGAGGGGCCGUAGGUGUUUGAUAAUCACAUCCUUUUAUCUUAAUCAAACCUUCUCUUCUUCGCAUGAACUUUAUCCUGCAAAUCAAAGGAAGGAAAAAAAAAGUCAGCUUUUGUCUCUGAAAAACGGGUGAACAACGAGCUCUUAACACUUCCCUAUGAGUUGUAGUGUUUGGAGCACACUAAAAUAAGACUAAGUGGGGGGCAGCCUGAUGGACAGGGACACAGUGGAUGCCUUUGAUACAAUGAAGUGUUUGCGUGAGAGGAGAAUGGGACAUCUGGAGUCUUGACUCAGGCUGCAUGUUGUAGCCUUACUUGAUAGGCCUUGGUAGAAUCUAGUUAUCGUAUUUACAAGUGCCAGGACAGAAUCUUCAUUAAACUUUUACCACACGGACAUUUGAUGGUUGGUUUCUGUUUUGUUUUCUUUACAUUUACAUUUCCUCACAUUUUAGUUUUAGCAUUUCUACGGCGAUGCAUUAUUGUAGAAUGUACCAAAACUAAACAUCUUAGCUCAGAAUGUGCCCAGAUGUACAGUACGCUCAGACUGUCGGGCUCAGCCUCCUCUUUAGUCAGUUCCAUGACCACCGAAGGGGCUGAAGCCACAACAGGGGGAGAAAUGUUGAAAGCACAAUACUCAUGGCACUCGACUGAACGUCGGCUCUGAACAUACAGGUUACGGGAAAGCACACUAACAAAUCAGCUCCUGGUCCAGUCUGUGAAGCAGAUCAUAAGCUAGCUGCUGUAUGUUUAACUCGGCACUGUGGCCUGAGCGUCGCACCGUGUACAGAGCAAGAUUGUUGAUUUCAAGAUCGGUUUCGAGCAUAAAGUUUUUGUCAAAACUGUAUAUUUAGUCUUCUAUUUUUAUCUCAUUUACUAGGUGAGUAUAAGUUUGACGUGGGCGGGACUGUCUUGGGGAAGAGCCCGGUGAAGUCGCCAGGCAAACUAACAGUAUGGUCACACGGAUGUUUGGUUGUCGGUCGAAGUGUUACCACUGCAACUAGAUGUCAAGCAUAGAUAACAAAAAGCUGCUCUUAUUGCAAUAGUUUUGUACAAUGUUCUGAUGUAAUAACAAUGCACAUAUUGUUCUUUAUAUGUCCAGACUUUGUAAUGUACAUAAUCCGCAACCCUGGGACGACCUAAAUUAUUGAAUGUCUGGGUUCACACUCUCCAUCAGCCCAUUCCCAUAGUGUGAAACGUCAGUGCUGUACUGAGGGAAGUUUGUGUAGAGUUGUCGAUCAGAUUGUCUCCUCUUAUGUCUUCUCACUGCCAACUAUUGUACAGAGGUACUGAGUCUCUCCAUAUAAAGUAUUAAGUGAUAACACAUAAUGGCAAUGAUGGUACUAAUCUCCUGGACUGUAUGAUAAAGAUUUGUAAUUGUUGUCAAUAAUUUUUACAGUGUAACUAAUAUUGUUCGGUGCUUUUUAAUUUGCAAAUAAAACACCACUGUAUUUUUCAGUA